AUGCGUAUGCCCAAUACAGCGAUAAUCUGUGAGCGCCAUCCCAUGCCUACUGCUGACGAACUUAUCCACAAGCUAAAUGGCGCAAAAGUCUUCUCAAAACUCGAUCUUUGCCACAGAUAUCACCAAAUUCUCUUAGCUCCUGAGUCUCGUUACAUUACGACCUUUCGUACCCAUAAAGGACUGCACCGCUAUGUACGACUUAACUAUGGCACAUCAGCAGCCUCAGAAGUUUUCCAGUAUGCUAUAAGCCAAGCCAUUGCUGGCAUUGACGGAGUUGUCAACAUCAGUGAAGAUGUACUCAUAUUCGGUAAAACACAGCUUGAUCAUGACACAGCCCUUAAAACUGUAUUUGAACGAUUGCGACAAGUCGACCUCACCCUCAACAAAUCGAAAUGUGCUUAUAACAAGGGUACAUUGGAGUUCUUUGGUAUGAUUUUCUCUGCAGAUGGCGUCAGCCCGGACCCAAAGAAAAUAGAAGCUAUCGUCAAUGCUCCCCGUCCAACCAAUGUGAGUGGAGUCCACAGCCUGCUGGGUAUGACAAAUUACUGUUCAAAGUUUAUUGCAAACUAUGCAAGCAUUACAACGCCCCUUCAACAACUCACAAAGAAAAAUGCGAAGUUCCAGUGGCUACCAGUCCAUGAAAAUGCCUGGAAAACACUCAUAUUUAUAGAUAUGGAACAGAAUUUGUCCUGUAUACAGAUCAUAAACCAUUAGAGUUGAUCUGCAAUAACCCCAAAUCCAAACCUCCUGCACGGAUCAAGCGAUGGUUCCUACGUCUUCACAAAUACCGUUUUCGAGUCCAAUAUAGCCCCGGGAAGGACAAUCCCUCAGAUUAUAUGUCUCGACACCCCCUGAACACAAGUGCAAAACAUUGUCAAGGCGAGUUAGCAGAAGAGUACAUCACCUUCAUUGCACAGCACACUACUCCAAAGUCCAUCAGCCUGGAAGAAAUUAAACAGCAUGACCAUCUUGAUGAUCAUCAGAUGACCAUCUUGAUGAUCAACCGUCAGAUGAAGAAGAGGAUGAGAUAGUAAGAAACGAACAGGAUCAAGAAAACGAAGAGGAUGAAAGAAGGUACCCUGCAAGGGAUAGACAACGAACAAACUUUUAUCAUGAUCCGGACUCGGCAAUUCUCAGUCAUUAACUUAUUAACUGGUAAAUAGGGUCCAGGUACUAUUAAAAAAAAUUUUGAGUUAUAGUUUUGCAUGUUCUGAAGUUAGAAAGUAUUAAAUGUGAAGGUAGGGAGGAGUGUGAUGAUGACGUUGACGUCACAUACCGUAUAUAGACAACAAUGCUUUGCGAGGACAUAAGCUAGACGGCAUGGCGAACAGUGCAUGGCGAGCUUGAUAUUAUUGUAUUUGAAAAACAACUUAUAGUUAAUAAAGCUUGGAUAUUACACCAUUGACAUUUUUAAAAAGUCUUUGAAGACAUUUUUAUUUGAGAAAGCUUUUGCUUGAAGUUUAGAUCAUAGAUUACGUUGAUAUAUAUUAUAGAUUAGUAUUUUUAGAAUAUAUAUAUAAUGUUGUUCUUUUAAUUCUUGUAAUGAUCAUUUGAAAAUGUACUUCCAUUGAUUUAUGCGCAAUAUAAAUUUUAUAGUAAUAAUAACAACUGCCUAUUCAUAGAAUCACAUGUACAGUAUUUUUAGAUAUACAUUUUAUUAAUCACUUUAGAGAGGGUUAUUAAAAGAUGAAAAGAUAAAGCUCCCUUGCAAUGCUAACAUAAGGAAUCCUUCCACUUCAUGCUCAUCCAACAGUGAAAAACUCAACUUACCUGAUAGUGUUGCUCGGAAACGGAGAAAAUUGAUGUUGGAGCAUGCAGAGCAAAUGAAUUCUAGACCUGCAGAAGAUGCAAACCAUAGAAAAAAGUGUGCACUAGAUGGUAUGUGGAGCACUUUAGUCAAUUCCGCUAAUGUGCAUGACAUAAAAGCAUACAUGGAAGUCACCAAAGGUUAUGACAGAAAUAAUUCCCUCAAUUGUGAACAAUGUGGUUAG